AUGCCUCCUCGCAGAGUAACUCGUUCAUCAACGAGACAAUUGUCGGACCAGGCCGCCUCGCUAGCCAGUAACAGCAACUCCCAAACCCCUGUUGCUACUCCACCCACCGCUACCACUUCCACUGCUAUCACUGCCACUACUACCGCUGCCCCAUCCCCUUCUAAACCGCCUCGCAAACGCAAAAACUCGGCUACGGCAGCGGAGGCUUCAGAGCCCCCUACUUCUCAAGCUAGGAGCCGGAAACGUUCCAAAGCGGCCUCAUUUUCUUCAAUCUCUGCUCAACAACCCGAAAUCCCUGCCGCCCCGCAAUCCAGUCGGCGAAAGGGGAAGGGGAAGCGCGCGGAGCUUGAUAUGAGAGAUCAAGGACCUGCUGGCGAGCCUAGUAAUUCGAUCACAACACCUGACGUUGCGACACCAAGGCGUAGAGGAAGCCGUAGCAAGAAAUCGGCAGGAGAUAACCCCGCCACACCUUCUUCUGCCUUCUCAUCCUCUUCUCGUCGUGCCGCACCAAAAAUGAACCCAGAACACAACGACCCCGACGUCCCGAUGAGUGAGCCAAAUGAGGUGGAGGAAGAUAACUUUGACGAAGACCAUGAUGAGGAUAUGGCCGACCAGGGAGCGGGAGACGACGAUGACCAGGACCGAGAUGAGGACUAUGAACGUGAGGACGAGGACGAGGAUGACGUCUUUGAGGGGAGCUAUCUCGGAGGGGUUGGUGGGUCUAGCGGGCUCUCAAGCACCCUGCGGGCGCUUUCUGGGAUGGUGUCAGGCAUUCCUUCUCGACUUCGCGAUAACCUUGCCAGCCUACGUCAGAAAGACGACCCCUCUACACAAUUGAUCGCUUUGCAGGAGCUUGCUGAGAUCUUGCUGGUAUCAACCGAAGAUAACCUUUCUGGUCACUUUUCACCCGAUCAGUUUGUGAAGGAGCUUGUGAGCUUGAUGGAGGAUCAGGGACCGUUCGGAGAGAACCCUGAGAUGAUGCUGUUAGCUUGUCGUUGUAUCGCGAAUCUUAUGGAGGCUUUGCCGGCGGCUACUGCGAACGUUGUGUACGGUGGUGCAGUUCCCGUUCUUUGCCGGAAGUUGAUGGAAAUCCAGUACAUUGAUCUGGCUGAGCAGGCUUUGAGUACUCUUGAGAAAAUAUCUGUAGAGUACCCGACAUCUAUUGUGCGGGAAGGGGGACUGACGGCCUGUCUUACCUACCUUGAUUUCUUCGCUACCAAUGUUCAGAGGACAGCAGUUACCACUGCGGCUAACUGCUGUCGAAAUAUUCCUGAUGACUGCUUCCCUACAGUUCGGGAUGUUAUGCCUAUCCUAUUGAAUGUUUUGGGGAGCAGUGAUCAGAAGGUUGUGGAGCAAGCUUGCCAGUGUGUGGCGAGAAUAGUGGAGAGUUUCCGUCACUAUCCCGAUAAAUUGGAACAGCUCAUGUCAAAAGAGAUGAUGAAUGCCAUCUUACAGCUACUCCUUCCAGGGACGACAAAUCUUGUUGGACCUUACAUUCAUACGCAAUUCCUACGUGUCCUGUCGAUCAUUGCUAAGGCUAGCCCUAGACUGUCUGUGGACAUGUUUAAAAUGAAUAUUGUGGAUACUUUGUAUCAGAUUUUGACCGGGGUUUCGCCCCCGGUUGCGCAUGAUGGGGCUGCAAUGAAGAACGAUAGUGUUAUGACUAUGCAAGCCCUUAUCCAUAGACCAAGAGAGCAAGUAUCUGAGACACUAAAUGUUAUAUGCGAAUUGCUACCGGGCCUUCCACAUGAUGAUGUUUUUGGUGCUGCCUUUGACUCCCAAGAUAGUUCCGGGGGUACAACCAAAGCUCCCUCGGAUGAAGGAGAAGAUGACGAUGACGAUCCGGACGAUAAGCGACGCAAACUGUUGGAGAAUUGCAAGGGCGAGAUGAAACGUUUUGCAACGGUCCUCUUGCCGACCCUGACGGAUGCCUACUCGAGCACUGUCAAUCUUAGUGUUCGCCAGAAGGUCCUCAAUGCACAGUUAAAGAUGAUAUCCAAUCUGGAUGCGGAUAUACUCAAGGAAUCACUGUCAAGUGUACAGUUUGCUUCACAUUUGGCGUCUAUACUCUCGCAGCAAGACCAUCCUACCCUUGUAUUGGCGGCGUUACAGGCUGCUGAAUUACUCCUUCGCCGUUUACCCGAGAUUUACCAGUAUCACUUUUACCGCGAGGGAGUUAUUUCGGAGAUUUCUAAGCUUGCGUCCAAGAAGGAUGAGCAGGCGGCGUUGGAAAAGGAGGCUGCCGAGCGUGGGGACAUUGAUAGAGAGUCUGAGGAUUCUAGAGAUAGCGAGGAUCGUAUGAGUUCUUCCCCUGUUAGCUCUAGGUCUUCGUCCUCGUCCCGACAUGUUCCAGCAAGCACUUCAACCGGAAUGGCUGAUUGGAUCACUGAGAAGGCUAAGAGGUUCAUGGAGGGUCACGAUAAGGACGAGAAUACUGAGACCAAACUGAAGGCAAUGACGAUUAUGGAGGAAUUGAAGAGCUUGGCCACAGGGCUCAAGUCUGGGGAUAGCACAGAGUCCUUAUUUGAGAGAUUGGCGACAUAUUUUGAUAAUGAUAACUCACUGAGUUCGAUCUCUAGUUUUGAGCUUUUGAACUCUCAUAUUGUGGAGGCUUUGCUAGCUGUUUUGGGCAGUAGUUCUGGCAUGCUUACUCCUUUCUAUUUGUAUGUUAGUGACAUUAGGCGGGCUUUCCUUGAGGUGUUCAUGCGUAGUGGUGCGCAUCCGGCUGCUAGCAGUGAGGGGGAUACGCCUUUCAGUGUUUUGGUUCACAAACUUCAAGAUCUUCUCAGUCGCUCUGAGCACUUUGAGGUUGUUACGGUUCACCAGAAUACCUUCGACGGAAACCGCAGUAGUGCUGCAUCUAUGCUGGCGAAGCAGUUGCGCUUGAGGCUGGUGGCUGAUGAGGAUUCCGAAAUCCCUCGACCCUACCGUAAUAUCAUGGUAUCUAUUCAUGCCAUUGCUACGUUUAAGGCCCUGGACGACUAUCUCCGACCCAGGAUUUCCUUAUCAGAGCGACCUAGAAGCGGGCGCCGGGAUCCGGGUGGCGCAGGGGGGGGUGGGCUUUCCAAUGCUCUUGCGGCAUUUGCUGCGGCGGCAGGGCUAGCAGCACCCAAUUCUCGACCGGGUGGCCUUCCUGGGGACGCUGCGUCUUCUUCCACUCCGGCUCCUCCUAGGCCGAGGCAGGCGAGACGCCAAUCGAGGAAUAAGAGAUCCAAUCUAGAGGGCGCAUCGGCCAGCAGUUCUCGUGGGAAGGUUCCAGGUGCCGAACGUGAGAAUCAACCAACUCAGCCUUCCGGGCAAGCGCCACUUGAGUGUAUGGAUGAGAGGCCAAUUCCUGAAGAUGAUGACAUGGAUGAGAUGGAUACUGUGUUGGAGGAUUUGGAUAGGGAUUUGGAUGAGGAACCUGAGCCUGAGGCCGGGGCGGUUAAUUUGGAAGUGGGUACUACUGGUAAGGUUACUGCUCGCAAAGACGAUGGAACUAGGGUGGCAACUCCUUCUGGUGCUCCUCCUGCUACCCGCAACCCUGGAUCUUCGCAGACAUCCACACCGACAAACAGAGGUCUUCCGGCCGGCUAUCCGGGUGCAAUUCCCUCUCCGCUUGACUGGCAUAUCGAGUUCAGUAUUGGCGAUCACGUUAUCUCUAAUGACAUGACUAUCUAUAGAGCAGUGCAGUUGGGGAGAAACGAUACAGCUGAGGAUCAAACCUUUAGGAAUGUAUGGUCAACUGUUCAUCCCAUCAAAUUCCGGAGAGUCACAGGUCCCACGCCCCCAGAGGGCUCGCUCUCCCCUGCUCCUGAUGGCUCCCAGAUCAGCACUGGAUUCCCCGCUUCACUUGAUAAGAAUAAGGUCUCUUCUUCAAUUUUACAGUUGCUAAGCAUCCUACAUGCACUCAACGCGAAUCUUGAUGAUGUGUUUACAGGAGAUCGGGAGGCUAUGAAACCAAAGAGCCCACAGCCUCUCAGCCAGUUUGUCAAUACGAAAUUGACUGCUAAGUUAAAUCGUCAAUUAGAGGAGCCCUUGAUUGUUGCAAGCGCCUGCCUGCCUAGUUGGAGCGAGGACCUUGCCAGACUUUAUCCAUUUUUGUUCCCCUUCGAGACCCGUCAUUUGUUUUUACAGUCUACUUCCUUCGGAUAUUCAAGGUCUAUGACCAGAUGGCAGAAUUCUCAGUCCACUGGCGACUCUAGACAAGAUCGCCACCGAGAUGAUAACCGGCCGUUCCUUGGCAGGCUUCAGAGACAGAAAGUUCGGAUUUCUAGGCUUCGUAUACUUGAAUCUGCCAUCAAGGUUAUGGAUCUUUAUGGCGCCUCCCCUAGCGUUCUUGAGGUUGAGUAUUUUGAAGAGGUUGGCACUGGGCUUGGACCUACUCUUGAAUUUUACUCCAGCGUAUCUAGGGCAUUCGCUAGGAAGAAGAUCAAGCUCUGGAGGGAAAACGAGUCUUCGCCCGAGAGUGAGUUUGCCUUUGGACAGCAGGGGCUGUUCCCGGCGCCUAUGAGUGAUCCUAUGGCGGAGUCCGAGAAUGGGUGUAAGGUUUUGCACUUGUUCACCAUGUUGGGUAAAUUUGUGGCGCGUUCAAUGUUGGAUUCGCGCAUCAUCGACAUAUCCUUCAACCCGACCUUUUUCCGUACUGGCGAGAACGUAGAUGAAGCCGUUGCGCCAUCCCUCGGUGCUGUCAAGACCGUCGAUAAGGAUCUCGCAAGCUCCCUGAAGCUUUUGAGGAAAUUUGCUUUGGCUAAGGAGGAAAUUGACAACAACAGGGUUCUUACUCAGGGCGGCAAGGCUAAGAAGGCUGCUCAGAUUAUGUUUGACGGGGUUCAUGUGGAGGAACUUGGGCUUGACUUCACGCUUCCAGGAUAUCCGCAUAUCGAGCUCAUUCCAGGUGGUAGUGAUGUUAUGGUUACUAUUGAUAAUGUGAAGGGAUAUGUCGACAAAGUCAUUGACCUUACCCUUGGGAGCGGUGUUCGGCGUCAAGCUGAGGCUUUCCGUAGCGGGUUCUCACAGGUCUUCCCUUACUCUGCGCUGAGAGCCUUCACGCCCGAUGAGUUGGUAAUGCUCUUUGGUCGCAAUGAAGAGGACUGGUCUCUUGAGACGUUGAUGGACUCUAUUAAGGCCGAUCAUGGAUUCAAUAUGGAUAGCAAGAGCGUGCGUAAUCUCUUGACUGCCAUGAGCGAGUUCAGUGCCCAGGAGCGUCGCGACUUUCUCCAAUUUGUCACUGGCAGCCCGAAGCUCCCCAUUGGAGGCUUCAAGAGUUUGACACCGCUUUUCACUGUGGUCUGCAAACCAAGCGAGCCGCCUUACACUUCGGAUGAUUACCUCCCCAGUGUCAUGACUUGCGUCAACUACCUAAAGCUCCCGGAUUACUCUACCUUCGAAAUUCUCAAGAAGCGGUUGUCUAUCGCUAUACAAGAGGGGCAGGGAGCUUUCCACCUUUCAUAGCGUGCUAGCGGACGAUGGGGAAGCAAAAAAUAAAAAGCAACAUCACCGACUAACCUGGCGUUUUGUUUCUCUUCUCUGUUUAUCUGAUAUUUUCUUUCGUUCCUUUACACAAGUCUCAUUUUUCGUUUUCUGGGAAAGGUUUUUUAAGGUAGAGAGAGAGGCGAAACUGAUUUGCGUUUCUGAUUGCGUUUUGUCAUAACAUAGUUCGUUCCAGUUGUUCUUUUAACUUUCUUUUCUUCUCCCCUUUCUUUUUCUUUUUCUUCUUUUCUUUUUCUUUUUCUUCUUUUCUUUUUCUUCUACUUCUUUCUGCUACUCUCAUAGCCCGAUUCUUCAUUUGCAUGUGCUUGUCCUCCUUUUUUCCUCAUACGUCUAUUUAUUACCUGUGUCAUGAUGUUGGCUCUUGGUGGAAGAAGAUGAGAUUGCUAUACGGUGGAGGGGUUCAAGUUGUGAUUUUUGCACGCGAUACGGUACGUAGCUUCUUUACCGGAUAGGUGGGGGCUCGAGUAGGACAGGAUGAGGUCAUUAAGUUCAUAAUUUGAGAAUGGCCAAGUCAGUUGAUGUAGUUGA